AUGUUAGAUGUAGAAGUUGUCCCGGAGUUGGGUAUACGCCACAAACUAUGGGAGUUUGUACUGGGGAUGCCCAUUCAACAGAUGAUUGACAUAUUAAGAAAACAAGACUAUAAUAUAAAAAAUGUUGACUUCUGGUAUAAUGACAAGGACCCUUUCAGUUUAAAUUUGGUUUUGGUUCUCUCUGGAGAUGGUAUGAAGUUUCAUUUCGACCCAUUUCUACAAAGACUAAGGAUAAUUGAAGUCUACGAUCUGUCUUCCAUUACUUUGCGUUAUUGGUCACAGUAUUUCAACAGCCCUUCUGUCCUUCCAACUAUGCAGGAAGUACUGAGGAUUUUUGGCUCGACCAAACCACUUGCUCCAGCAGAAUCAGAUGGGGACUACCAACUAACCUAUCGGGGUAUUACUUUCAUUUUAAGGAAAUUCGCUACUGGUAUAACUGGAGGAAGUCGAGAGUCAAUCGAAUCAAAAUCAGAUUUACUCGUCACACGGUUGUUCAUUUACCUUGGCAGUAAUUUAACAGAAGCUAAAGUUCCAGUUGAAUUACCCAGUGCAUGUUACUUACAAAAUGUUUUCUUGGAAAGACUUCAGGUGAACAGGUCAAAUAAUGCGACAACAAGUUUGACAUUACACCUUGUUGCUCAAGAUUUAAAUGUGAAUCCUAUACGUGAACCACAAGUUCGUCGAUUUACUCGAUCUUUAACUUUUGGAGAUUCUGAUCAGGAUGUCCUUUCAGCUUUAGGUUCACCAAGUCGUGUAUUCUAUAAAACUGAAGAUAAAAUGAAAAUUCAUUUGCCACAACCACAUCGACUUGUACAACCCAAGAAAUCGGAUUAUUUUUACAAUUACUUUUCAUUAGGUUUAGACAUUUUAUUUGAUGCUCAAAGACAUGAAGUAAUGAAAUUUGUUUUACAUACAAAUCAACCUGGAGAGUAUACAUUUAACACAUAUUAUCGGUGUCUUUUUGAAAUCCCAAUACCGAUUGUAAAGUCAUCGAAUGAGAAUAUCAAUGUAAACGCUGAUGUUGACGAUGAGAAUCCAUCAGAAGUAAAACGUAAUCAAAGUCAUGAAACCAAGUACUUGAUAACACCAUUCUCAAAAUGGUCUGAUGUACGACAACAUUUGGAUUCAUCUGUGGAUACUGAACCGGUGGUUAUUUACAGAGAAUCGAAACCACAACAGAAUCCUUUUGGUCCAACACAUGCCUACGGCUAUCAGGAUAUCAUUUUUGAGAUAAUACCAAGCAGUGAAUGUAUCGCCUCAGUGACAUUGUACACACCAAUUCAUCUUUCAAAUAAUAAGCCUAAGUAAUUCAUCAAUUGUUGGAGAGAAAAAAGAGUGCCUAACAUCCCGGAGAAUAGUCAAAAAAAAACACAACAGCAAUAUGAGAUUUUCGCCACAUGUGUAUUAUUCUAUUUUCUACGCUUGUAUCUUUCUGCUUCUCUUAUUCUCUUAUCUUUUUGACAGACGCAGGAUAAUCAUGACCAAUAAUAAUAACUAUUUUGCCAUUAUUAUUAUUUUACUAAUUUUUAUUAGAAAAUGUCGGCUUUUUGGUGCCUCUCUGAUAUAAUCAGCAAUAUAAUGCUUGUACAUAGACAUUUGUUUUCAUAAAAGUAUAAAUAUAGAC